CCCUGUCACUGAACACGCACAGAAAACAUGGCGGCGUUCAGCGUUGCUCGGAGCAGCUGCGGAGUGCUAAAUGGACUCAGGACAUCGUUCAGGAGUUUGGCUCAGGUCAAACAUGUUCAAACAGUCCAACAAAGCAGAGAGCAAAGGUUCUGCCGCUGGUACUCCGUCAGCCACUUGUCCGUAAAAGAGAGGAUUGACAACAAACGAAAGGCAGCGCUGGUUGGCGGAGGUCAACAGAGAAUUGAUGCACAGCACAAAAGGGGAAAGCUGACAGCCAGAGAGAGAGUGGAACUUCUUCUAGACCCAGAGUCCUUUGUGGAGUCGGACAUGUUUGUGGAGCAUCGCUGCUCUGAUUUUGGAAUGGAGCAGGACAAAAACAAAUUCCCAGGUGACAGUGUGGUGACUGGGCGAGGCAGAAUUAAUGGAAGACUUGUUUAUGUAUUCAGUCAGGAUUUUACAGUGUUCGGUGGCAGCUUAUCAGGAGCUCAUGCACAAAAAAUAUGCAAAAUAAUGGAUCAGGCCAUGACUGUUGGGGCACCAGUUAUUGGCUUAAAUGAUUCUGGAGGAGCUCGAAUCCAAGAGGGAGUCGAGUCUCUUGCUGGUUAUGCAGAUAUUUUUCUGAGAAAUGUUUUGGCAUCUGGAGUAGUUCCUCAGAUCUCCCUUAUUAUGGGCCCCUGUGCUGGAGGAGCGGUCUACUCCCCUGCACUGACUGAUUUUACAUUCAUGGUUAAGGACACAUCGUACCUGUUUAUCACAGGUCCUGAUGUUGUGAAGUCUGUUACAAAUGAAGAUGUGACUCAGGAGGAGCUUGGAGGAGCGAAAACUCACACCACCGUCUCUGGCGUGGCUCACCGUGCAUUUGAAAACGACAUUGAUGCCCUUCUAAAUUUGAGGGAGUUUUUUAACUACCUACCACUCAGCAACAAGGACCCAGCACCAGUCAGGGAGUGCCAUGACCCAAGUGAUCGCCUUGUACCAUUUUUGGACACAAUUGUACCACUUGAAUCAACCAAAGCCUAUGAUAUGUUGGACAUUAUACAAGCUAUUGCUGAUGAAAGGGAAUUUUUUGAAAUUAUGCCCAACUAUGCUAAAAACAUAGUAGUUGGAUUUGCUCGAAUGAAUGGACGCACUGUGGGUAUGGUGGGAAACCAGCCUAAAGUGGCAUCUGGUUGUCUGGAUAUUAACUCUUCAGUAAAAGGAGCUCGUUUUGUACGUUUUUGUGAUGCUUUCAACAUUCCCAUCAUCACUUUUGUAGAUGUGCCGGGGUUCCUGCCAGGUACAGCACAGGAGUAUGGAGGCAUCAUCAGACAUGGAGCCAAACUGUUGUAUGCUUUUGCAGAGGCAACAGUUCCCAAAAUUACUAUAAUUACAAGAAAGGCUUAUGGAGGAGCUUAUGAUGUGAUGAGCUCCAAACAUUUGAGAGGAGAUGUGAACUAUGCCUGGCCCACCGCUGAGGUCGCUGUGAUGGGGGCGAAGGGCGCUGUUCAGAUCAUCUUCAGAGGGAAGGAGAACCAGGCUGAGGCGGAGGCUGAAUACGUGGAAAAAUUUGCAAAUCCCUUCCCUGCAGCUGUCAGAGGUUUCGUGGACGAUAUCAUUGAGCCAGCUACAACUCGAAAGAAGAUUUGCAGAGAUCUGGAAGUCCUGGCCAGUAAACAGCAGACUAAUCCCUGGAAAAAACACGCCAACAUUCCUCUAUAAAAGACACAAGACUGUUUUAGCGAUAUUACAAAGCACUGGAGUUGACUGACUUCUUUCAUGUUAUGGACUGUAGAGUAUGACUGCACAAUAUGAGAAACAUAUGCAAUAUUUGAUCAUUAGGUUUUGUAUCACAAUAUUGCAGUAUUUAAAGGGCCUAUAGUACAGUACAGUAGUCAAUUUCAGGGCUGAAAUUAUUGAAAUUAUUCUAGUGAAGGUGUAUGGAGUUUAAAAAAAUAGUUGAGCACUUCAUGUAUUACCACAUGACAUCACAAGGUUGAACAGCGACUUUUCGUUUGAGAGAAGAACUCUGCUUAAACAUGCAGGAUUUAUGUGUUGUUUACUAGUCAAAAUAAAAACUUGAGUCUAAGCCAAGGCCAGUCAAUAUUGUGAUAUGAAUGUUGUAAAGGUGUAUAAGUUGUGCAGUCCUACUGUAAAGGUGCUAUUUGUAAUUUAUGAGUUUGGACCCUAAAUUGAGCAAGAAUCUUCUUGGACUUUUGAAAUACUACUCCACUGAAAACUGAGAAAGCAUUAAACGGAUUAAAAUUUUAUGUAUCCUCAAGAUAUCAGAAUGUAUCAGUGAUAAUGUCAGAAAAGUAAAGAUUGGGAGCAACUUGAGAAAAUGCUAAGUUGUGGCCCUAUUGGUUGCCGUUUAUGAAAAUGGUUGUCCCACCUGUACUGUAUGUCUUUUUAUAAGUCUUUGCUUUCAGAUCCUCUGUUUAACCUAAUAUGGUCACAAAACUUAACUGUGCCUUUUAAAUGAUCAACAUCUACUUUUCUGUGUAAUAAAUGUAUCUUGAUUACAACACUAUAAA